AUGAGAAGCAAAUCCAUCUUAGCUGGUGCCGUUAAUGUUCCAAUUGAACCAACAUCAAAUGUUGACUCACGAACGACAAACAAUAUUGUCAUAAAGAACUAUAGUUCGGAGUGUUUGAAAGAAAAAGAACCAGAGCUGAAAUCCGUGAAUUUAAACACAGCUUCAAACGCUAACGCUACAUCAGAUGUUAAGUUAGAGUAUCCACCACUGGACCAAAUUCUUUCAAGAGAAGCCAACGACAACCCUUACACAAAUGUUCAAACAAAUCCUUCAGAUAACGUAGACCAUUACCUUCUUCAGUUAUACCAAACAAUUUUACUCAAAGACGAUAAGAAGCUUUUGACAAAUCUUAUAAGUAAGAACCAAAUAAUUCUAACAAAGGAGGACCUUGA